AAACUGUUUUCCUAUUGAGCUGCCUCCCAACGAUCCCUCGUUUCCGGGCGUGUGUCUGCAUUUUAUCAGGUCCCUUGCUGCGGAAGAUCUCAACGGAAAUCAGUUAAAACCUAGACAACAGACUACCACGGUGACAUCUUUCAUUGAUUGCUCUCAGGUCUACGGCUCCACACCCGAGGUUAAUUCUCAAAUCAGGGCACCAAGUACUUGGAGUUUUCUUCUCCGCACAAAGAACAACAAUUUCCUUCCAGAGUCACUAACAGCUGGCUGCAAUAAACGACCAGGAACAGACGAUUAUUGCUUUGAAUCAGGAGAUGCUCGCGUAAACCAGAACCCAUUUAUCGCAGCCAUGCACACAGUCUGGCUGCGUGAGCACAACAGGAUUGCUAGAAAAUUAAAGAGACUGAAGCCAGGUUCCUCCAAUGAGGAAAUAUUUCAGCUGGCCAGAAAAAUUUUUUCAUCGGCUGCCUUCAGAUUUGGACAUUCUACAAUCUCUUCGUUUGUUCCCACUAGGAACGGCUCCCAUUUAUUGAGAAACCACUUCAACAGGUACUGCUUAACGAUUAUUUCAUUUAUUAUAAGACCUAAUGUUUCCUUUUUCCGAUUUUUUUUUCCAAAUUAUCUUCGUGUUGUUGACAAACUGGUUGAGUAUUUUUUUUCUCUCCCCUUUUCAGUUGAAGAUGUUUCAAAAUUCCUGUUUCUGAACCAGGCCACUGGUCGAGGCCUUGACCUUGCUACCAUUAAUAUCCACCGUGGGAGGGACCACGGUGUGCAACCUUAUGUGAAAUGGAG